UUCAGGAAAAGUCAAAUUUGGACCCCUGACGUUCUGCUCUACAACAGUGCAGAUCCUCAGUUUGACAGUUCCUAUCAGUCCAAUGUCCUUGUCUACCCCGAUGGAAGCGUUAACUGGAUACCACCAGGAAUUUUUCGAAUAUCGUGUCGGAUUGCUGUGGCAUGGUUUCCUUUCGAUCUUCAGGAAUGCUUCAUGAAGUUCGGCUCAUGGACUUUCGAUGGCUCAAAAUUGAACUUGGACGUAGACGACAAUGGCUUUGAUCUUUCCAGUUAUACACCUAACGGAGAAUGGGAACUUCUACGCACCCACGCAGUUAGGAAUAUUCAGCACUAUGCAUGUUGUCCAGAGCCAUAUUAUGACAUUGUUUUCACUUUUGUCAUUCGUCGAAGGGUGCUCUAUUACGCUUUCAAUCUCAUCUUACCAUGUAUCCUUAUCACUGUGCUUACUCUUACUGGUUUUACCUUACCUCCGGAUGCUGGCGAGAAGAUGUCACUGCAAAUCACCAUCAUGCUUUCUAUCUGCAUUUUCCAAAAUUACUUGGCUGAAAUGUCGCCGCCAACAUCUGAAGCUGUGCCGUUUCUGGGAGCCUUCUUCGCUGUCUGCAUGUUUACCUGUGCUUGUUGUGUAGUUGCGACCACCCUAGCUCUCAAUUUUCACAACAGAAAUUCAUAUUCCCACGAGAUGAACGACAUGUUUCGCCAAAUUAUGCUAAACUGGCUACCCUGGUUAUUGAUGAUGCAUCGACCAGGCUAUGCUGCAGCUAAAGGAGAAUUAUCGAAAGUCGAAGAUGACGAGGAUGAAGACGAGAAACCUACUAUUUGCUUUGAUUCGUUGAUUUCCAAGGUGGCCGCGCAGACUCCGCCCAAGUAUGUCUUUUUCCUAAUGGUUGCCACGCGG